GCUCUCUCUCUCUCUUUCUCCUAUUUGCCUUUCUCUUUCUCCGUUUCAUUUAUUUUAUUUUCCUCUGUUUGUCUUGCCAACCUACGUAGCACAGCAUGCUCAACAUCAGCAUAGGGAGAUAGAUAGAACAGCAAAAGUGAGGCAGAAGAAAAGGACAGAAAUAUGUCUAGCUCUAACAUCUCACUCCGUGUGAAUGCAGCCUACUGUGUCAUCCAUCAUCCAUCUGUGUGGGGGACAUCUUUGAUCUGUCAAAGAAGAGGAUCUUUGAUUUACCAGAGUUGGAUAUCUUUGUGACCUGUUGAGGAAAAAUCUCUUUUGAAAUCUACUAGAAAAGGAUAUCUUUGUACAGUGGGGGAUCUCUCCUCAUUGUGUAUUUCUAAGGAGGAUAGGAGAGCAUGUGUCCUUUGUGUUGGCCAAGGAAAGGCUCUCGGAAUACUGUAAUGGUUAAAGACUUGAUUCAGGGAUGGCCCCCUUACUACUGAAUUGUCGACAGUACAUGUCGACUGUAGAGACAGGUUCACUAUGCUGACCUUUGCUUUGGUGAAGGCAAAAGAAAUUUGACAAAUGUGAUAUGAUAUUGAGCUAUAAAUGCAUUCAACUCAACUUUUCAUCUGCCAAUAAUGCGUAGGACACCACCCCGUCUUGACGGAACACAACAAAAGAUCGACAAUCAGCAAGGUGAGGAAGAACAGGAGAGAAAAGAGGCGGAACAAGAAGAGGAAGAGAAGGGAGAAGAGGAGGGUCACCAUGAUUUGGCUAAAUCUUCUCUAUGCCCGUCCUGUAGGCGUGGUUUUGACGUUGCCCUUCUCCUACCAUGCUCCCAUACCCUGUGUGGGCGCUGUGUAGGAGGUGGAGAGGGGGCAGGGCGAUGUGUACUGGAUGAGGAAGGGGAUGGUGUGUCCCAUGCUUCCCGUGGUGGCACCCAUUCUGCCCACCACCGCUCUACCAGUACGCCUGUGUGUGCCGUGCUGUGCCCUUGUUGUCGCCACCCUGUGGAGCUGCCAUGCUGGGAGUGGGCUUCUGCCACCUGUUGCCUGCCCCCCGACCCCACCCUGACCCCUGGGUGGACAGCCAGCAGUGCUGGGGACCAGGCGGAAGAAGGGAUGAAGGCCUUCUCACAGAGGAAUCCAUUCGGCAGAGACAAAGAGGAUGUCACGGACCAGAUCACUGCUGCAUAUGGCUUACCACUGGAGGAAACUAUAGAUCUACGAGAGGAGGAGAUGGAACAGUCUGUCUCAGGUCUGACGUUCACCCUGGACCCCUCUGCUGCUGCUCCAUCCCUCCAUCUCUCCACCUCUUCUCUCUCACUGUGACGUUCCAUGGACCAAGCCCUCCGCCACUACCCUCUCGCCAUCAUGGAAACAGGGUCACAGGGUCAGUAACAAGCACUGAAUCCCAGGAGUCUGCCCCCCAUCCACUCCCUCAGGUGUGUGGGGACGUGGUCAUCAUCAGGGGUCAGUUCUACUGGGAGGUUGACGUAUGCAACAGCACCCUCUACAGGAUAGGAGUGAGCUCAUUGGACGAUGCUUGCGGCUGGUGGCUGGAAAGGCAGGGCUUGUCCUUCUCCACUGUGUAUGAUAGCUGUCGGGAGCCCUUACGUGCCGUGCCACCCCAGAUCAAGACCCUAGGGCUGUUCCUCAACAUGGGUGGAGGGACGUUGAGCUUCCACAACCCUCUGACCCAGGAGCACCUGGCCACCCUACCCACUCGCUUCAGCCAUGCUGGGGUACGUCCCGCUCUGGGGCUGGGCCAGGGCAGGCUGAGGCUCCACUGUGGCCUACCCCCUCCACCCCACGUCUUUCUCAGCCGAGCAUCCGACUAUAGAGGGCCUACUGGAGCUGGUGGGGGUCGCUGGCGCAGAGACAUGCCCUUCCGGUCUGUACGGAUGGUCAUCCAGAAGUUUGAGGAGCUGGCGGUGUCAGAUUCUGACUCAGGGCUGGUGUCCAGUUUUGGGUCAUCCUGCUCCACUCUGGCCGAACCAGGCCCAGGCCUCAGCUUCAGCCUCAGCCCAGGAGCAGCUCUCCAUUCUGGGAAAGAGAGAAAGGAGGCGGGGGCAGAGUGACAUAUGGAGGACAGAGUAUAGUACCUUGUACAAUGAAGGGCCUCUACCCUGCUGGUGAUAGGAGCAAACUGCUACCACAUCACGCUGGCACAUCGUCACAUUGCAAAUAGGUUGUCACAAGGUUGGUCAUGACAAUGUGACAAAUUUGGGAUAAACUUGUGAGAUGGAAGGACCAUUCUUCUGCUGUAUGAUGGGAGAAAAUUGAAUAACACACCAACUCUUUGGGAUGAGUUUGAUCUUUGGAUGACCAUUUCCAUGUCUAAUUUCCCAUCUCUGAAGAACUCUCUGUGACUUCUCCCCAGGAUGCUGGACUUCCUCUCAGCUACACAACCCCUGGAGGUUUGGGGCUGGGCCAGCGCUGUCUGUGUUAGGAGAAUGUCUCACUGGGGGUCCCACACUCUGGUGUGGGGGUUGAUUGUAGGACAGUAGGGUUGAUAUGGAUGGUGGUGGUGUGUGUGUGUGAGAUUGUGAGGCGUGGGAGUCAGUGGCGGUAACACUACCAGUGUUGACUCAGGGUCACAAAGACAGGUGGUAACGUACGUUUAUCCCACAGGACGUUUGUGUGUGUGUGUGUGUGUGUGUGUGUGUGUGUGUGUGUGUGUGUGUGUGUGUGUGUGUGUGUGGCGUGCAUGAAUGGGCUGGGCCCAGAAGACCUCUGAUGACCACAGGACCCUAACGACUUCAAAAGACAGGCAGGGAAAGAGGGAAUGACAAAGAUAAAGGGAAGGAGUAGGCCUUUAUAGAAAUAUAGCAGGUGGAGAGAUGGUUGGAGCAGGAAUAAGUCAGAAAUGUUAGAUUGUUUGUCCAAAUGAUUGUGAUAUUCAUUCCUACUGCAACAUUAUUUGUCUGGUCAUCUGAACCAGGAAGUAGUAUUAAAGAGGGAUUUCCCAUCCUGUCUCUCCAUGAUCUCUCUUUUCUCUUUUUCUGCUGUUUGCAUGUUCUGGAACAGACACUGGAAUCAUUUGGUCAGACCACCCAGAUUGUAAAUCAGCUGUAAAUUACAUUGUAAUUUUUUUUUUUUAAAGUUUUUACCGCAGGAAUAAAAAUGUGCAACCAG